UCAUUUUAUCAUGGAACUGUUUACGCGGGCAAUGAUUUUUUUUCUAAUCUUGUUCAUUAGUUAUUUCUUUUAUCUCAGUAAAGCCAUAGAUUGUGGUGGAAAGGAUGUUUCUUAUACUAUCACUGUUGGUUCAUCUGGCAAAGUAACAUUUAAAACAAUUCAAGCUGCUAUUGAUUCCGUAAAGAAUAACAAUAAUCAAUGGGUCAAGAUUCACAUAAAAGCUGGCUCAUACAUAGAAAAAGUUCAUAUUCCUAUUGAAAAGCCAUGCAUCAUUUUAGAAGGAGAGGGUAGUCAAAAUACAAUCAUAAGCUUCUCGGAUAACAAAGGAACAAGCAGUAGUGCUACAUUCGUUUCAUCGCCACCCAAUGUGGUUAUGAGUGACAUUACUUUCCAGAACACGUAUAAUGUGAACAACAAAACCCAAAAAGUAUCUCCAGCAGUUGCAGCAUUAAUACAAGGAGAUAAAUCUUUCAUCUUUAGGUGCAGUUUUAUAGGUUAUCAGGACACUUUAUUUGAUGCAUAUGGGCGUCAUUAUUAUAAGGAUUGUUACAUUCAAGGUGAAGUGGACUUUAUUUUUGGUAGAGCACAAUCUUACUAUGAGAAUUGUUUACUCAAUGCUACAGGAAGAAAUUUACCAGGUUUUGUUACAGCUCAAGGAAGAGAUUCACCUGAUAGUCCUAGUGGUUUUGUAUUUGAAGGAGGUUCCUUGGUGGGAAAUGAUAAAGUAAAUUUAGGAAGAGCAUGGCGUGCUUACUCUAGAGUUAUAUUUCACAAUACAAACUUUUCUUCUGUGGUAACUCCUCAAGGAUGGAAUUCUUUCGGUCGUGCUGGCCAAGAGAGUAAGAUUACUUAUGCUGAAGUUGACUGUAAAGGACCCGGAGCUGAUACUUCGAAGCGUGUUCCAUGGUUGAAAAAGUUGACUCCUUCACAAUUAGAAGAAUUUUCUUUAGCAUCUUUUAUUAACAAAGACAAUUGGCUUGACAAUUUACCGGUUAUCUCUAAGUAAUUCAUUUUCUCUAAUUUAAAAUGAGAUUUUUGUAUGGUUAAGUUUAAUCAUAUAAUCUCCCAUUAUUAAUAUUUGUAAGCUCAACUAUAAAAUGUAGUGAUUUGUCAUAUGAAUAACCUUCUAUAUUUUA